CAGCGAUCUGCGUGAAGAAUCAUCAUGUCUGGCAGAGGGAAAGGAGGCAAAGGACUUGGCAAAGGCGGAGCAAAGCGGCAUCGCAAAGUGCUUCGUGAUAAUAUCCAGGGCAUCACCAAACCAGCAAUCCGCCGCCUGGCUCGCCGUGGCGGUGUCAAGCGGAUCUCGGGUUUGAUCUAUGAGGAGACUCGCGGGGUGCUGAAGGUUUUCCUGGAGAAUGUGAUCAGGGAUGCGGUUACCUACACUGAACACGCCAAGCGCAAGACGGUCACUGCCAUGGAUGUGGUGUACGCUCUGAAACGCCAGGGCCGCACUCUCUAUGGAUUCGGCGGCUGAACAACUCGACCCUUUCUACCGAACACACAACAAAGGCUCUUUUAAGAGCCACCCAAAACGUCACAUUAAGAGCACUGACC